AUGGAGUCGUUUUUGCGCGUUAACGAGACAAACGAGCAUUUUUACGAACGAUGCACGAAUCUGAGUUACUUCGACUGCAGCGAGGAGGAAAUGCUCUGGUGGAUGAUGGGGCCCCGAAGGUUGCCUCUGCAGGAGAUCAUACCUAUCUCCGUGGUGCUGCUGGUGAUCUUCCUCACGGGCGUGGUGGGGAACGUGGCUGUGUGUGUGGUGAUAGUCAGACACCCCGGUAUGCACACGGCUACAAAUUAUUACCUGUUCAGUUUGGCUCUCAGUGAUCUACUUUUGUUGCUUUUUGGCUCGUUCCUAGACUUCCCUCAGAUAGUCUGA